AUGGAUUGCAGAACACCAUCAGCUAUGUCGAAACGGGAUCGUCGAACUGAUACAAAUGAUACUGUUCAAAAUUUUCUUUUGAUUUGGCUUGACACAAAAAUCGAUGAAUCCAACAACAACUAUCUGAAUUCUAUCAAACAACUACGACAAACGGUCAAUGCUAUUGAAAUAUUUCGUGAUACAGAUAAAUGUAUCGAUUAUAUUUCAGAACUUCAAAACGAAAAGUCUUUUCUCAUUAUUUGCGGUGACUUGUGUCAAUCAAUUGUGCCACUAAUUCAUAACAAGGUACAACUAUAUUCAAUUUAUGUCUUUCCUGGAGAGCAAGAAAAGUAUGAAGAAUGGACAAAGAACUGGUCCAAGAUAAAAGGUAUUUUCAGUGAAAUUACUCAAAUUUGUGAUUCAGUUCAACAAUGUGCUCGACAAUGUGACGAAGAUUCAAUCGUAAUUAGUGCUGCAUCGUCAUUAAAUCAAAUCGAACCAUCAUUUGUGUAUACGCAACUUUUCAAAGAAAUUAUUCUUGAAAUUAAUUUCGAUGACAACAAAACAAUCAAGGAUCUAGUUGAGUACGCCUGCAAUAAGUAUACUGGAAAUGACCAACAACUGAAAAUUAUCGACGAAUUUGCCCGAGAAUAUCACGGUAAUCUGGAUAGACAUAACAAGCCCAUUUAG